GCCCUCACUUUCUUCGCGCGUGUUAAUUGUCGAUAAUCUUAAUCCAUCAGCGCGUGUCUAUCUGCUGCUCCCAACGUCGCCCUUUGAGCGCAGCCGAGAGACGUCAUGCUGUGGCUUGUACAAGCAUUUUUGGCGAUCGGCCUGGCUGAGGCUCAAUCGUCUCCCAACAACAGCAAUCCUAAUGGAACUAGUCCUACCGUCCUAGACAAUGCUACUAGCCCUCCAUUCUAUCCGAGUCCAUGGAUGGACGGCACCGCUGCCGGCUGGGCUGAUGCUUAUGCGAAGGCGCAAGCUUUCGUCCGACAAUUGACUCUGCUCGAGAAGGUCAACCUCACCACCGGUGUAGGGUGGGAAGGCGAGGCCUGCGUCGGCAAUGUUGGCAGCAUCCCGCGACUGGGGUUCCGCUCCCUUUGCAUGCAGGACAGCCCGCUAGGCGUUCGAUUCGCCGACUAUGUCUCUGCUUUCCCGGCUGGCGGCACCAUUGCGGCCUCGUGGGAUCGGGGAGAGUUUUACCGCCGAGGCUACCAGAUGGGCAUGGAGCAACGCGGGAAGGGCAUCGACGUCCAGCUCGGCCCCGUCGUGGGCCCGCUUGGUCGCAAUCCCAAGGGCGGCCGCAACUGGGAGGGCUUCAGUCCUGACCCAGUGCUCUCCGGCAUUGCCGUUGCCGAGACCGUCCGCGGCAUUCAGGACGCUGGUGUUAUUGCUUGCACCAAGCACUACAUCCUGAACGAGCAGGAGCACUUCCGUUCCCCGGGAGCGUUUGAGGACGUUGGCUUCGUCGAUGCCAUCAGCUCCAACGUUGACGACAAGACGCUCCACGAGUUGUACCUGUGGCCCUUCGCAGAUGCUGUUCGCGCAGGCACCGGCUCCAUCAUGUGCUCGUACAAUAAGGCGAACAACUCGCAGGUGUGCCAGAACUCAUACCUCCAGAACUACAUCCUGAAGGGAGAGCUUGGGUUCCAGGGUUUCAUCAUGUCGGAUUGGGAUGCUCAGCAUUCGGGUGUCGCGUCCACUUUUGCCGGUCUUGACAUGACUAUGCCGGGCGACACCGAUUUCGACAGCGGAUACUCCUUCUGGGGACCGAACUUGACCCUCUCCAUCAUCAACGGAACCGUCCCUGAGUGGCGCCUUGACGACAUGGCUACGCGAAUCAUGGCUGCGUACUACCUCGUCGGCCGUGACAAGUACCAAGUCCCCGUCAACUUCAACAGCUGGUCGCGUGAUACCUAUGGGUACGAGCAUGCUUUUGCGCAGACCGGAUACGGUCUCAUCAACCAGCAUGUCGAUGUGCGAGAUGACCACUACCAGGCGAUUCGUGAGGCGGCCGCUCGGUCUACGGUCCUGUUGAAGAACACUGGCAUCCUGCCUCUCAAGGGCAAUGAGAAGAACACGGCUGUCUUUGGCCAAGAUGCUGGGGAGAACCAGUAUGGGCCCAACGGCUGCGCUGACCGCGGCUGCGACAAUGGCACUCUGGCCAUGGGCUGGGGCUCUGGCACAGCCGACUUCCCUUACCUCGUUACCCCUCUGGAAGCUAUUAAGCGCGAGACUGCUGGCCACGGCGCCAUCCUUCAAUCUGUGACCGACAACUACGCGUUCAGUCAGAUUGCCUCGGUCGCCGAACAAGCCUCUGUCGCCAUCGUCUUCGUGAAUGCCGACUCCGGUGAGGGCUACAUCACCGUCGACGGUAACAUGGGAGACAGGGACAAUCUCACCCUGUGGCAGGGCGGCGAGACAUUGGUCCAGAACGUUUCCGCGUACUGCAACAACACAAUCGUGGUCAUCCACUCCGUCGGACCUGUCCUCGUCGACUCGUUCUCAAACAGCCCGAAUGUCACCGCUAUCCUUUGGGCUGGUCUUCCUGGCCAAGAAUCGGGCAAUGCUAUCGCCGAUGUCCUCUACGGCCGCGUCAACCCCGGAGGCAAGCUGCCGUUCACUAUCGGCAGCUCCGCCUCCGAAUACGGACCAGAUCUCAUCUACGAGCCUACCGCCGGCCAUGACAGUCCGCAGGACAACUUCGAAGAGGGCGUCUUUAUCGACUACCGUGCAUUUGAUCAGAAGAACAUCACUCCCGUCUACGAGUUUGGUUUCGGCUUGUCAUACACCACCUUCAACUAUUCCAACCUGAACGUCGUCAAGGUCCCGGCUGGCCCAUAUACUCCUACAACCGGCAAAACGACGGCUGCGCCCGUUCUCGGAAAUGCCAGCACAGACCCUGCCGACUACCAGUGGCCGUCCAACCUGACCUACGUCAAUGCAUACAUAUAUCCCUACUUGAACUCCACCGAUCUCCCCGGAGCGUCACAUGAUCCUGAGUAUGGUCUCCCGGUGGAGUAUCCGGAGGGUGUUACGGAUGGCUCGCCGCAGCCACGCAUCGCCGCCGGUGGAGGACCCGGAGGAAACCCGCAGCUCUGGGACGUUCUCUUCACCGUCACUGCAACUGUCACCAACACCGGCUCUAUCCCCGGCGAGGAGGUGGCCCAGCUCUACAUCCGGCUCGGCGGCCCCGACGACCCGAUUGUCGCUCUCCGCAACUUCGACCGCCUGAGCAUCCAGCCCGGCGGCAGCGCUACUUUCACGGCCGACAUCACUCGCCGCGACCUCUCCAACUGGGACACCGUCUCCCAGAACUGGGUUAUCUCCAACUACACCAAGACGGUGUAUGUAGGCACCUCGUCGCGGAGGCUGCCGCUCAAGGCGACACUCGAUAUCUAGACCGACGUAGUGUGUAAUGUCUUUGUUUGAUU